UGUAAGAAAACCAAUCUAAUUCUACUUCCGGGGUGGUGUUUUUUUUUAACGUGUUAGACUCUAUUUCCCUAAAUUAAUUAGAACGAUGUCCAAGAACACAGGUGCUAGCAAGUUUAGGAAGGUUGAUGUCGACCAGUACGAUGAAGAUAAAUUCCAAGAUGAAGAGACUGAUGUAGCAGAACAAGGACCAAACGAAUCUGAAGUUAACACCCUACUGAGUCAAAAAAAGAAUGCUGAUGCGCUGAAGUUGGUUUUGAACUCUGCACCCAUUGGAACUAAGAAUCAAGCUGUAAAGGAUAAAGCUGGUGCACUUGUUUUGAGAGUUCUUACGUCAUUCAAGACAAGCGAUAUAGAAUCAGCCAUAAAGUCGCUGGACUCCAAACUGAUUGACAUUCUGAUGAAGUACAUAUACCGAGGGUUUGGACAUCCGUCUGAUAACAGUAGUGCUAUUUUAUUAGCCUGGCAUGAGAAGACAUUCGCUAUUGGAGGAUUAGGAUCAAUAGUGCGGGUUCUGGCGGACAGGAAAACUGUGUGAGACCGUGACACUUCUUGAUUUCCACGCUCUUGUACAUUUCAUUAGAAACAAUAAAUAUAUAUAUAUAUACACUACCCUACCCUACUUAUAGUACAUUAUGAUGCAAUAAUAUAUCUUGUUUUUGUCCUGGAAGGACAAGAAAUUUAAUUAUGAACAGCAAAAAAAAACACCAUAAAGUUUAUUUUCAGUGAUGAUAGCCAUGUUAAAAAGUGAUUUGCUUGUACAGUAGAACCUGCCUAAACCGAAUCUUAAUAAAAGAUUACAGCCAAAUAUUUCAGUUCCAACUUUUCCCCUAGGUUUUUGAUAUAUAUUAAAACCAUCAAUAAACCGAAUUCUGUCCAUUCUGGAAACCGGAUGGAUUUUUUGCACCAACACAUUACCAUCUAAAUCAAUAAGCCAAAAUGAGACUUCUCUAAACCAAAUAAAUGUUGACUUUCCAAUGUGAUUCACUUUAGUCUGGUUCCACGUAAUAAUUAACGUGUAUUUAUUAUUAUGCCAGGCAGUAUCAUAUCUUGCAGUGCUGAAAUUAUUGUACCAAGUACAGCCUAAUGAACGGCUAUACUUGCAUAUUGCAGUUGGUGUGUUACUCAAUGACGUGGAUAAAAAGAAAGAAGAAUGUGUUGAAUGUGUCAUUAAAUAUAACAUUUCUUUCUUUGAUGACAAGUGUUCAGAUACUUAUUUAAAAGCACGCUUCACAUUCAGUGUAAGAGAGUAAGAUGUAGUAUACAAAUGUAUAACUGUGUAUUAUAUUUUAUAUUGCUCAUUUGUAAAUAAACAACAAAAUUCAGCGUACUGUCAUCA